AAGAGUCUAAUAUGGUGUGGGUCUAAUAAGUCAGUUAUAAAACCUCCAAAUCUCCCAGGGACUUCCCUUUAAUUCUUCUGAGUAAUGGAGAGUGAGAAACAAAAUACAUGUCAACUUUGCAAUGUAAAAAAAGCUACAUACAAGUGAGCUUUUAAACUGUCUGGAAGAGCUACAAUUUUUCUCUGCAUGGUCAUCUGCUGUUGUGUAUCUUCUGUCUCAGGAAAGCAGCUGAGCUCUUGAAGAAUGUUGUCAGAAGGGUAUCUUUGUGCAAUCCCCUAUUUCUGUGACGACUUCUUGAGUUCCAAGCUCUACAGAAAGCAAGCAGCAGAGGAGAAGAUGCAUGAGAUGAGCUCCAUGUGUGGCUUUACCUAUUCCUCCAUGGAUGAAACAAAAGGCAGAAGUCUCUUUCAGAGGUGCAGGACUGUGGGCAAGUUCUUUUCUUCAGUCCAUUCCAAAGGAAGCAAACACAAUGGAAGACAGAAAGAGACUUUACUGCAGGUUAUUCAGAGCACAGAGUUUGAAAGGCAAACAUCUCCAGUUGGGGAUAUGUCUGGAGGAUCCACAAGUAGAGAUACCUACCUGGUUCCUUCUUCCUGUAAAAGCAUUUGCAAGAAUUACAAUGAUUUGCACAUUGCUGGUGGCCAUGUGAUGCCUAUCAGCUCAGUAACAACAGAUUUUACCUGUGACAGUGGGAUAGGCCCAUUUUUGGAGUCAUCAGAGAUUCCUCCGCCUAUGGAAUCCAUGAGGAUGCCACCCAAUGACCUCAUUCGCAAGCCCGUCCAAGGGUACUCGUCAUGCUGGCGAGUGACCAGCAUAAUGCAACACCAGCAGCCCCUCUCCAAUUCAAUACUGAAUGACUACCUAGAGCAGAAAGUGGUGGAGCUGUACAAGCAGUAUAUCAUGGACAGCAUGGUCAACAGUGCAUCCCCCACUCAGAUCCUGGCCUCUGAGCUCAUCAUGACCAACGUAGACCAAAUCAGCAUGCAGCUAUCACGAGAGAGGAAUAUGGAGACCACCAAGGCCAAAGACAUGGUCAUUAACUGCCUGUUACGACUGGCCAGUGGAAAAGUAUCUAGUGAAAUAAGCACCCCUAGUCUGCAAAUUUCUCAAUAAAGCAGCAUCAGUAUGUAGACUGGUGGCAUUAAGGUGCUCUGCAGCUAGAAAGCUCACAGGUUUUGUAAAUACAAAUGUAAAGUUCUCAGUUUAGUACUUUUCUGGUAUCAUUGAAUUAAACCCUGUUAUAGCGAAUAGUACUGUUAUUUGACCAAUUUUUGUUGGCCAAAGAGAAAAGCUUUCGAGCUACACAGAUCUGGUCCUGAAGAAGAGCUCUGUGUAGCUUGAAAGCUUGGCUCUUUCACCAACCCAAGCUGGUCCCAUAAAAGAUAUUACC